GUGGGCAGUACCCAAUUCAAAGAUCCUAGCCAUUAAAAUAGCCCGUGAUUCAUGCAUAGACCGAGACUUGUCUACAGCCGAAGAUCUACUUACCCAGGAUGUCAACACCGAUCUGAACAGCCAUACUUCUUAUGUCCGUCGUUCGUUCGUUAUGGCGCGAAAACAUGACUGGGACCGCGCCCUUUGUGCAGAACCUCAGCGUAUUCAUCCAAGGAUCCUAGCCAUCACGACAGCCCGAAAUGCGUGGGUAAAUGGAAACUUGUCUACCGCCGAAGAACUACUCACCCAAGAUAUCAACACUCAUGCAAACAACCAUACUUCCUACGCACAUCGUUCAUUAGUCAUGGCGCGAAAACACGACUGGGACUGCGCCCUUCAGGACGCAAUCAAGUCCACCAGCAUUUAUCCCUCACUAAUAGGCUACAUCUCUAAGGGUAUUGCCCUCUGCGGAAAAGGCCACAUUCGGGAUGCGAGGGCAGCAUUUCAUGAUGCAUCCAUACAUACGGAUCAAGAUCCAGAAAUCGUUCAUGUUCUGCUCUUGAUAAAGGCCAUCGCGCUCUUCAAUGCAGAUCAACAUGAUGAAGCAAACCUGCUCCUCAUAAAAAUUACUGCCGGUUGUCCAAAUGCCGACACGUGCGCGUGUCUUGUCGUGCAAGCAUAUCUACGUGUUCAACUCGGAGUCAAAGCCUUGGAUGGCGCACGUCACGACGAAGCUGCCAGCCAUUUCACAGCCGCUAUCAACUCCGGCGGUUUAUCAUCGAAAUCGGACAUCCACAAAAGUUAUGAGGAUUUGGUGGUGCUCUUUGGCUGGGACCUGAAGUCCGUUUGGCAAAAGGCACACCAGAAACGGUGUGAUGCACUUCUUCGGGCAGGCAAACUCCAAGAUGCCCUGAAAUCAUACCAAUACAUAGUUUCGAAUGAUGAUUUAUCAAAGGCCGAUCACCUUGACUGGUCCAGUGAUUUCAAGCAAGAAUGCAGCACACUCUGUACUGUCUGCGGAGAUACCGCCCUUGCUGCAAGCGAUUAUGACACGGCUAUCGAUUUAUACUCGGUGGCGAUUAACCAGACAUCUUCAUCCGAUGUCAUCUUUGCAAAUCGUAGUAAGGCAAAACUGGGAAAGAGGCUGUGGAUGGAGGCACUUCUCGAUGCGCAGAAGGCCACCGAACUCAAUCCUUCAUCUCACGUUGGGUACCAGUUGACACAUGUGGCGUUGCGUGGCAUGCAACGUUACGACGAAGCCAUCGAGGCUUUCACAACCAUGUUGUCCAAGUUGGAUGAGGCUCCCGAAGCGCAGAUACGAGAUCUGCGUCAGCAGUAUGUGUCCCCAUCCGAAGUAGAAGAUGCUAUUCGAAAAGCAAUUUGGAUUGAACUCAACAAUGCCCCUCUUCGUCUUCUCAACACCUCUACAGGUCUUUUGUGCGACAGAGCAGCACAGCUUAACUUCUUCAGAAUAAGUCCAGAGUACAAGGAGCUUCUGUCAUUCAUAACGAAGCGUUCAGAUCUCGAAACGGAACGCAUCGCUAAAGUGGUAGCGAUACACUUCCGUUGCGUCCUGCUAUCACACAGGUGGGAAGAAACGGAGGUGCUGUUGCAAGACAUCAAGGAAAAAGUCGUGUACGAGUUGAACGGACUUGAUGGUGGCAUUGCGAAACUGCAGUCAUUCUGCAAAAUCGCUCGUGAUGCGGGCAAUAACGUCGAGCUUCAAGAAUCGGUCAACUCCAUGUUCGUCUGGUACCGCCAUUCAGCGCUCACUAUCGUCUACCUGUGCGAUGUGCCCCCUUCAUCCCAGUCCGGCGCAUUGGCGAGGAGCGUUUGGAACGAGCGAGGAUGGACCUUUCAAGAAUUCGUCGCUUCGAAACGUGUUAUAUUUUAUCAGAAGGAUUGGUCAUUAUAUCUUGACGAUCGCUCUCCCAACCACAAAGAGUCCCCUGCAAUCAUGAACGAGUUGGAGGGUGCGACGGGCAUAGAUGCACGGACCCUGAUCUCCUUCCGUCCAGGGAUGAGAGGCGCUCGAGAGAAACUCCAAUGGGCAUCUAGACGUGUCACUACCAUCCAGGAAGACAUCGCAUACUCGUUGUUUGGUAUCUUUGGCGUCCACCUACCUGUCAUCUAUGGUGAGAAGAAGCAAAAUGCGCUCGGGCGGCUCCUGCAGGAGAUCGUGGCUAGAUCAGGCGACAUAACCGCCCUGGACUGGGUCGGGCAAUCGUCCGAGUUCAAUAGUUGCCUUCCAGCCGACAUCAUCUCAUAUGCGGUUCCGCCAUGUGCCCUACCAUCGUUGUCUGAAGAUGAUAUUCAUACAACAGUCUCUUCGUUACGAAAUAUUGUGGCUGUAGAUUCAGCUUCAAAACUGUAUGACGUGCUCGUGAACAUGAAUGCUCCCCUCUUCGCAAACUGCAGACUCCGUCUGCCUUGCAUCGCAUUCCGUGUCACGGAAAUCAAAUGGAGGCGUGGUCGUGCUGCUCGUUCCACAUAUAGACUCAAAGCAGAUGGACUUCGGGACUUGCUGAUCACCACAGACGAGACGCUAAUCCAGUUCUCGCGUACGAGGCCCACUCAGCAGACAUUCUUUCUUGUCCGUCCAUGGGAUCGCCGUCUCCUUGAGAUGCCUGACUUUGCAGAACAGCUUACCUUUGCAGUCGAAGUGCAAAACGUAGAGGAUUGGUCUGCGUCCGAGUCUGCAUUUAACGACACUGAGGAGUCGUCCAGCGGUUUACCUGGAGAAGAGGAAUUGUCGGUCGACUCGGAAGCUCACUCGCGAUCAUUGCGUUUGAUGGUUCACCUUGGGCAGGCAUUUAGCGCACUUUUGCUCGCGCAGCAACGCGUUGGAGAAUACAAGAGGGUUGCCUCGGAUCGUAAUAUCAUCGCGCAGGUCAAAGACACGGCUUCGAUUGACAUCAUAAACAUCAAGACCCUAGACAUAUUGUAGGUAAAUGAUUUUUUUAACACCACAAUCUCCGAGUAGUGUUCAUGUGUACCUUGACGAUCGCAUUUUCACAGUACUUAUCUUUCAUAGUAUUAUACAUCAUACAUACCCGUACGUGACAUCGUGUAACUACAAAAUCCCAAAGUUGUGCACCUGAAUCGUGUUGAAUAAUACAUCCGGUUGUUUGG